GGAAGUGUACCUCCCGAGGCCGGGGAGUCAUUGGUGCGAGCCAAGGGGGUCCUAAGUGCGUGUGAGCACCGCGAAGGGCCUCGAGGGAACCUAGCCGCGGGCGCACGCGCCCGCCCGCCCUUUCCGGCUCCUCCCUGGAGAGCGCGUGAGCCGAGGCGCUGGCUGCGUGUGAAGGAGUACUAUGAAGCUUCCGAACAUCCUGCUCACCGGUACACCAGGGGUUGGAAAAACCACACUAGGCAAAGAACUUGCAUCAAGAUCAGGCCUGAAGUACGUUAAUGUGGGAGAUCUAGCUCGGGAAGUCUGAUCACCGGAUAUCAUGGAGUCUGGCAAGAUGGCGUCUCCCAAGAGCAUGCCGAAAGACGCACAGAUGAUGGCACAAAUCCUGAAGGAUAUGGGGAUUACAGAGUAUGAGCCAAGAGUUAUAAAUCAGAUGCUGGAGUUUGCCUUCCGAUAUGUGACCACAAUUCUAGAUGAUGCUAAAAUUUACUCAAGCCAUGCUAAGAAACCUACUGUUGAUUCAGAUGAUUUCCGGUUUGCAAUCCAGUGCCGGGCUGACCCGUCUUUCACUUCUCCUCCCCCGAGAGAUUUUUUAUUAGAUAUUGCAAGGCAAAGAAAUCAAACCCCUUUGCCUUUGAUCAAGCCAUAUUCAGGUCCUAGAUUGCCACCUGAUAGAUACUGCUUAACUGCUCCAAACUAUAGGCUUAAGUCUUUACAAAAAAAGGCACCUACUCCUGCAGGAAGAAUAACGGUUCCAAGGUUAAGUGUUGGUUCAGUUUCUAGUAGACCUAGUACUCCCACACUAGGCACACCAACUCCACAAGCCAUGUCUGUGUCAACUAAAGUAGGCACUCCAAUGUCCCUCACAGGGCAGAGGUUUACAGUACAGAUGCCUGCUUCCCAGUCCCCGGCUGUAAAGGCUUCCAUUCCUGCAACACCAGCAGUUCAGAAUGUUCUUAUUAAUCCAUCAUUAAUUGGGUCCAAAAACAUUCUUAUUACUACUAAUAUGGUGUCACAAAAUACAGCCAAUGAGUCAGCAAACGCACUCAAAAGAAAACGUGAAGAAGAAGAUGAUGACGAUGAUGAUGAUGAUGAUGACUAUGAUAAUUUGUAAUCUAGCCUUGUCGCAUGUAACUGUAUUCUUGGUCUUGGAUCCAUUGUACUGAAAUUGAAAAAGCAUGUUAGCUGUUUUAAAGCUGUACUUUAGAAAGUGGUAUUUAAUACGUACACUUACUAUACUUUUGGAUUGAAAUGUUCAGUUUUACUAGAACUAGUAAUGGUUUUUCAUCGACCUUUAUGCAUAAAAAAUAAAAUUGUCAUUUAUCAGUUUGA